AUGAAGGUUAAUGCUUUUAAUUUAUUAUUUCAUUCUUCAAAAUGGAUACCAAAAGGGAAUCUCAAUUGCUUUUCGAGGCGUAUUCAUGAGGUGCCAUUACUAAAGCCAAGUCUUAAGUUUUACAAGCAGUUAUUGAAGCAACCGCAACCAAAUUUAAACGUGGAUACCGAUGCAAAUGUUUCAUUUUUAGCUGUCGAAGAAGGCCCUGCUUCCUUACGGACGUAUUCAGUCGGAAACGUUAGCCACAUGUAUAAUGGUAUUCGGGUUCCUCCAAAGCCAGAGGAACCUUUGAACUGCUGUCAAAGUGGCUGUUCUAUUUGUGUCUGGGAUGUUUUUGCUGAUGACUUGGAAGAAUACAACCAAGCUCGGCGGAAGGCCAAAAGAAGUUUUCUGGAAAAGCAAAUGACGCUUCCCAAAGAACUUGAAAGUGUAUCGCUUGAGGAAACAAGCUCACUCAAGGAAUUGCCACCUCAGCUACAGGCAUUCGUACUUUUAGAGAAACGUCUGGCACAAGAGCAAAACCAACAAUGA